CUUCCCCAAGCAGGAGCCUGAAGCAGCAGGGACGGGAUUCCCAUCCUUUAUCUGUCAACAAGAUCUGUCGAGCAAAUCGCGGCGGCGUGCAAGAUUCAUGGAGAUCUUUGGGCUUCUAGCCUUCGUCGCAUUGGAUGCGGCAGAUGCCUUCGCCUUCCCCUCCCCUGCCGCCCUCGCCCCCUCACUGAGGCCAUUGUCAUUAGCGGCCGGUCCGCCAUUCAGGAGUCGACUCAGACGGGAUGGCAACGCCAGGCUGUCUAUGGGAGCAGCAGCACCUGCAGCCUCAAGCGUGGCAGGUGCGCUGCGGCCCUGUGCUUGACACGUCAUGAUGCUAUGCAAUGCAUCUGUAGGUGUGUAUGUGUGUUGGUUUCCACAGGUGCCUUAUCAUCGACUGCUGACGGUCCGUAUCGCCUGACGUGGCUGGAGGGCAACUCGUGGCUGUGGGAGGUGGGUGGCGUGCGGCUGCUGGUAGAUCCAGUGCUCGAAGGUGCGCUGAACUUCAACAUACCCAGCCUCUACUCGGGCGAGAAACGGGUGAGUGACGGAGAGAGGAGCGCCACCCAUGGCCGUCUUCCAUGCGCUUGCUGGAUGUGAGUCAUCGGUGCAGAGUUUGCCGCGGACAUUGGACGGCGUGUCGUCGUCUCUCGGGGUGACUGACUCGCUGGACGCCAUACUUAUCACACAGGGACUCGAGGACCACUGCCACGCACGGUACACACAUACAGACACAGACACAGACACAGAGAAAGAUGCGUCAUAGGCAUCCGUCUGUCCAUUCGUCUAUUUCUGUGUCUGUCAGGACACUAAACAAGCUCAAGUCAGUGCUGUCAUCCCGGCCCCCGCGCCCCUCCCCACUGCCCAUCGUCACCGCCCCAUCAGCCCUGCCCACACUGGAGUCCAUAUUCUCCGACUCGACUGAUCUCGUGUCCAUAGUGCCGCUGCGGCCGGGCGAGUCGGUGCCUGUGUAUGGUGACAAGGGGGUGCGGGUGGAUGUGACGGCCACCAGCGGCGCGUUGGUGGGACCGCCGUGGCAGGACAGAGAGAAUGGCUAUCUCGUGACAAUGCCGCAGGUAGGCGUGGACAGAGAGGGAGGGAGGGGGUGUGAGUGGAGAUCUGGGGGUGCGUCUCUCGGUUGUGUGUGCAGGGGCUGAAGCUCUAUUACGAGCCUCACUGUGAUUACAUUCCUGAGCUGAUCAAGGGUAGGGACCAAUGCAGCACUCACACGCAUCCAUCCAUCCAUCCAUGCGUGUUUGCCUACGUCUGUGCAGGUGUGUCAGCCGAUGUGGUCAUCACGCCCGUCACCUACCAGCGUAUCUUCGGCUAUGCCUUCGUCAAGGGCGGGCAGAACGCCGUGUCGUUGAUCAAGCAGCUGGGGGCUCGUGUGGUGGCGCCCAUGAACAACGGAGAGCUCGAGGCCAAAGGCAUCUUGACGUCGCUCAUCAAGAGUGAGGGCGGGGUGGAGCCCUUCAAGGCCCUCCUAGCUGCCGACCACCCCAACCGAUACAUCGUCAUGGACAUACAGCCCGGCCAGCCGGCUGACAUCCCCAUCAAGGAGCUCUUACAAGACAGAGUGGCUGUUGAGACUGCGUGACGUUAUCUUCGUGACGUGGUUUUGUAUGUGUGAAGAGAGACAGAAGGAGGUGGUGUGUGCAGAGCGGUUGUGUCUCUGUGUGUGGAUAAAGAGGCGGAUAUCGCUGGCUGGACGGUUUUUCAUCGACGUGUGCAGGCAUCCGACAGUCAUCCAUUCGUCAGUAUGGGCGCUAAGCAGCGUAGAGAGUCGUGCAGCGCAGUGUCUCGAGCGUGUGCAUGUCUUUAUCAGUAGAUCGGCCUACAGAGUAGUGAGUGCGGCCGCUGGAUACUCAUCGACGUCACAACACAUAGCACGCCGAUGGGUUUCGUACUUGCUG